CUAUCGCUCUUGUCAUCUGGCAUUUUGAUGGUUUGAUCAGUAAGGGCUAUGAAUUUGUGGCUGGUUUAUCGUUGCGGAGAUGAUCAGCCGUGAGGGGUAAGAUUAAGUCAGCCCUCAGCCCCGAGGGCCGAGGAUGAACCGCAUCAACAUAAACAACCACCAAGCCGAACCAACUGAGAAUAACAAAUGAUCAUCUAAAAUGUCACGACCUCGGCCGUUUUCACGGCUUCUGGUUGCCAACAGGGGCGAAAUCGCGGUGCGCAUCAUCCAAGCAGCCCGUGAGCUGUCACCACCAAUCCAAGUGCUCGCUCUUUACACAGAGCAGGAUCGCUCUCACUGCGACCUGGGUCGCCCCGAUAAGGAAAUCCUGGUGGAAUCACCCGCAGCAUACCUGGAUAUUCCGCUGCUGAUCCGUCUUGCGGAAGAGCAUGCCGUCGAGGCCGUGCACCCGGGCUAUGGGUUCCUGAGCGAGAGCGCCGACUUCGCCCACUACAUGCAAGAUGUCGGAGUCACGGUCGUCGGACCAGGCUGGGAGACGCUGGCGCGAACCGGCGACAAGCUCCAAGCAAAGCAACUUGCUAUCGAGUGCGGUGUGCCCGUCUUGCCAGCCACGCCGACCCCAGCAGCUGACAUUGCCCUGAUCCGGGAUUUCACACACAAGGUCCAAUACCCCGUCAUGAUUAAAGCUGUGGACGGUGGUGGGGGGCGAGGGAUCCGUCUAGUCCGUAACAAUGGUGAGCUGGAGCGUGCAGUCGACGCAGCGAUGGCAGAGUCGCCUUCGCGGACGGUUUUCGCAGAGAAAGCCGCAGUGGACGGAUAUCGCCAUGUCGAGGUGCAAGUAGUAGGUGACGGACAUGACGUCUGUCAGCUCGGGGAGCGCGAUUGCAGCGUACAGCGACGGUUCCAGAAGAUAGUCGAGGUGACCCCGUCUCUUAUACUGGACCGAGAUUUGGUGCAGCAGGUGCUGGAUGCGGCCCUGAGCAUGGCAAAGGCCAUUCGUUACCGUUCGCUAGGUACUGUGGAGUUCCUGGUCAAUGAGCAGCAAGGCCAAUUCUACUUUCUUGAGAUUAAUCCACGUCUACAAGUCGAGCAUACCAUUACAGAGGAGAUUCAUGGGAUUGACCUCGUCCUGAUACAGCUGCGACUAGCGCAAGGGAAUACACUUUCGCAGGCUGGUUUAGAGCCUGCAUCACUGGUAGCUCCUUGUCUGCAUUCCAUGCAGCUACGGUUAUGCGCCGAGGAUCCCCAUGACCGCUUCUCACUCAGCACAGGCAAAGUGACGGAGUUCAUGUGUCCUGGUGGCAACGGGGUCAGAAUAGAUACCCAUGUGAGCUCGACAGGUGCGAAACCGGUGACGGUUGGCACCCAGUUCGAUAAUCUACUCGCCAAAAUCGUCGUGACCGCAUCCAGCUGGGAAGGCACGGUGCAGAAAGCUCGUCGAGUGCUAGCAGACACGAGUAUCGGCGGCAUCAGCACCAAUCUAGAUCUGCUGCGCGGGAUCACCGGCCACGAAGACUUUCUUUCGGGCAGAAUCGACAACCAAUGGUUGGAGUCGCACCUGACGGAAGUCCUUCAUCUGGGGAGCCAGGCGGGAAUAGGUCGCCGCGAGCAAGCCCAUUCCGAAGCCGGCUUCUCGUCGCUUAUCCGAAACCCAGCGUCGAACCCGCUCCUUCGCGGGGGCGACGCAUGGUCUGUUGUUCUCGAGCCUCUCCACUCUCCCCAGAAGCAACCCCAGGACACGGACGCCCUGCGUCAUCAUCUCCGGGUGACGCGCGUACUCCAGAACGACUUCCCCUCCACUUUAGCAGCCGAAGUCGAGUACAUCACCUCCACCUCGUCAACAGCGUAUCGCCUCCAGCUCGCAGCCACCACAACUGCAGCAUCCGCCUUGGUUUCGUCUACCCAGCGGCGUGGGGACACCCGCAACCCACGACACAUUGUCCUCCCGCUUUCCGGCAAGCUGAUCGAGAUCCUAGUGGCGACCGGCGAUCACAUCGCCAAAGACCAGGUUGUGGCAUUUGUCAAGCAGAUGAAAAUGGAGGUGGAGAUUCGCAGCCCCCGCGCGGGCCGCGUGCACUGGGUGUAUGCGAUGGAAGACGACGAGGACGAGGUAGCAGAAGGCAUGUUAUUGGUCGAAUUGGAGGACAGCACAGUGAAGGGGAAGUUGUGACUUCCUCCUCUGCCGGCGGGUAUUGCAGCGUGUGCGGUGGACGACACCCCCAACAUGCAGGUUCUAUUAAAAGGUAGCCCGCAUUCCAGACCAGCUACAUUUGACAUUCUGCGUGCCAUCGAGUCGGAAGAGUCUAGAAACGUUCUAGAGCGUGACCUUGCAGACUGCCACGUACCUUGUUUACAUACUUCCAUGGUUCCCUUGCAUCGCGUAGAUUGUGGGACAGCGCGAUAAAUAUAGAGCGAUCUGCGUGCCUUUCAUACGGGAGCUGUGCUCCAGGAACAAAAAAUGUCUUGGUGGAGGGGUUGUCUGGCAAAAGAAUGAAGCCAUGUUGGUCAGCACUCAAUCUAAA